GCAAGCCAGUCAGUAGACAGGGUGAUCAUCGUGGAAUUAUCUGAACUCUCUGAUGGGGGAGUUAUAGUCACUCACUUUCACAGACCAGCCUGCCUGAGGAGUAAGAGAAAGCAGUCAACUGGCUGGACUAUGAUGGUUAAAGAUGGCUGUGAUAUCCUUGCCUGGAUAUGGCGAUACAGGAACUACUGCAUCCUCUUCCUUUCGCUUAUCGCGUCUCAUGUCCAGUCAGACAUCGAGUUUACCAAGGACAAACACUUUUCCUGGAAAACAGGUCAGUGGGGAAGGUGCCUGGGGGAAGAGUGUGGUUCUGGAGGGGUCCAGACCAGGACAUUAUGGUGUGUUCACUCAGAAGGCUGGACCAGCCACCACUCCAACUGCCCCCAUGCAGAGCAGCCAGAAAGCCAGCGACCCUGCUUCAAGGUGUGUGAGUGGCACCAGGACCUGUUUGAGUGGGAGGUGUCUGAUUGGGCCACCUGUGUCCUGAUCCCAUUUCCCCACAACCAGGUGAAACUGAGGACGGGAGAGUGCAUUACAGCUCAACACGGCAUUCAGAGACGUUCAGUACAGUGUGUUAGAACAUCCAACCGCACUUCGGUAAUGUCGCGCAUCUGUGAGUUCUUUUCUCAUAAGCCCGAGAUGGAACAGGCGUGUCUCAUCCCAUGUCCACAGGACUGUGUGGUGUCUGACUUCUCCUAUUGGUCCUCCUGCAGUAAGACUUGUGGGACAGGGCUUCAGCAUCGGACUAGAGAUGUCCUGGCCACGCCCAUGUAUGGGGGUGCAGACUGCCCCAACUUGACACAUACCAGGCCCUGUUCCAACCCGCUGCCCUGCCCUCCAGGAGAACAGCAUCAGUACAGCCUGAAAGUGGGGCCUUGGAGUGACUGUUGGCAACCACAGGAUAAGGUGGUCUGGCAAAGUGGCAGGACCAUGCUGGAUUUUAGCUCCAGUUCUAAGGAUAACUUAGUGAAGCAACACACCCAAAGCUUGCACCACGUACCUCACCACCCAAAGUCCUGGGACAUGGAGCUGGGUUACCAAACACGGCAGGUCCGAUGCACCAGGAGUGACGGGAGGAGCGCCAUGCUAAGCCUCUGCACCCAGGACCACACCCCAGUGAACUAUCAGACCUGCAUCAUGCCCAAACACUGUGAGAUAUCUGAUUGGUCCUCGUGGAGUCCAUGUUCCAAGACCUGCCGUUGUCAGGACCUGUUGCCUGGCUACAGGAUAAGGACCAGACACAUGAAGCAGAUCCCUAUUGGGGGAGGGAAGCAAUGUCCUGCCCUGGAGGAGAAAGAGGCUUGCAACAUCAUCGGAGAUCUGCUUCCACAUUGUCCGAGAUAUGUGUGGAAGAGUACUGCCUGGGGAGAUUGUCGUGUUGCCCCUCUGCUGAGCCAACAGGACAGACGGCUCGGUAAUGUUUCUGGACUCUGUGGAGGAGGAGUCCAAACUAGGGAGAUCUACUGUGUCCAGGUCCCGGAACACCAAUCACGCCAGAAAGAUGACACAGACUCAUUUAACCUCUCAGACCUCCCAGCUCAACACCUUCUUGACCACCCAGCUCAACAACUCCCAAACCACCCAGCUCAACAUCUCCCAGACAUCCCAGCUCAACACCUCCCAGACCUCCCAGCUCAACACCUUCUUGACCACCCAGCUCAACAACUCCCAAACCACCCAGCUCAACAUCUCCCAGACAUCCCAGCUCAACACCUCCUAGACAACCCAACUCAACUCAUCAUAGACCAUCCAGUCCAACACCUCUUGAAACAUGGAGCUCAACACCUCCUGGAACAAGCAACUCAACACUUCCAAGACAAAUCGCACCCAGCUCAACACAUAUCAGACCAAACAGCUCCACAUCACAGGAAAGAAGUGUCCAGGCCUGUGAAUGGUCGUCUGUGUGCAGGUUCUGAUAUCCCAUCAUCUGUGCAGCGCUGCUCCAUCCUGUGUCCUCAGCCCUGUCUGCUCUCCUCCUGGUCCUCUUGGGGAACCUGUCUCCACGACAACUGCCUUGAGCCUCAGGGGAGGAAAGGUUUCAGACAGAGGAGAAGACAGGUGUUGUGGGAGCCACUUGGCGUUCCAGAGUCAUGUCCCCACCUGUUGGAGUCCAUUCCCUGUGAGGAUCCCAUCUGUUACAUGUGGCGGGUGGAGACGGGGGGCAGGUGCAUCCCUAGCUCAGGAACCUGUGGUCCUGGCAGCGUGGCUCAGAGACGGGUUUGUGUCAAUGAUCAAGGUGUGGAUGUGUCCAAUGGCCAGUGUCCAGAUCCCGCUCCCUCCCCUACGGUUCCCUGUGAGGUGUCUUGUCCUGGAGACUGUGUUAUUAGCUCCUGGUCCUCCUGGUCCUCCUGCUCCACCUCCUGUUCCAGCAAAAAUUCUGAGGGCAGACAGAGACGUUCCCGCACCAUGCUGGCUCUCCCUGGAGAAGGUGGUAAAGAUUGUCCAGCGUCUUCUGCUCUGAAAGAGUGGAGAGAGUGUAACAACCACCCCUGUGUUGUUUUCCACUGGGAGGCCACCUCAUGGGGACCCUGCAUAGAGAACUCCAGUAUGAGUCUAAAUAGAACCUUCCUGGAGAACGGAACUGUCACCUGUGCUGUGGGAGUCCAGAACCGUAAAGUGACCUGCAUCAAGAUGAACGUUGGACAGGUUAUCAGCAAAAGGUGUUUAGACUCUGCCAGACCAGAUGGUGUCCGGCCCUGCCUGCUACCCUGCAGGAGAGACUGCAAAGUGACGCCCUUCAGUGAAUGGACCACCUGUCCUGGUAGCUGUCUGCCAGCCAACUCCACGAUUCCCACACAGUCUCGCUACAGGACCAUCAUCCAUAGAUCAGCUAAUGGAGGCCAGGAAUGUCCAGACACACUGUAUGAGGAGAGAGACUGUGAAGCCCUGCCCCAAUGCCCAAGCUACAGGUGGCAGACCCACAGAUGGCAGCUUUGUAGCUUAGUGCCUGACUCAAUACGUCAGGGGAAGGCUGGACCAACAGAACCCUGUGGUGAUGGACUGGAGGCACGAGGUGUAAGCUGCAUUGGGGAGGAUGAGGAGCAGGUGGACAUGGAUUUGUGUCUUCAGUGGGGGGGCGCCAUGCCCCCCAGGACUAGACCUUGUAGGAUCCCCUGUAAGGAUGACUGCACCUUCACCACGUGGUCUAAGUUCUCGGAGUGCUCCGGCUGUGGAACAUUUAGAAGCAGAAAAAGAUCCCUGACAGGUCGCAGUAAGAAGAGGGAUCACUGUCUAAGGGCGGAGCUAUACCCCCUACUGGAGACAGAGGCAUGUUCGUGCAAUGACUUCCUGUCCCAGCCGUUUGGUAACUGGUCCUCCUGCAUCCUGCCUGAAUCCAUUACACCGGGCUUCCCUCUGGGCGUGAGGCAGUCUGGACACCUGGACCAAAGAGAGUGUGGUCAUGGACGACGCUAUAGAGCUGUGACCUGCCUGGACUGGCAAGGUCGUCCGGUCAGUCCCUCCCUCUGUUCUGAGUCAGGAUAUGUGGAAGAGGCAUGCCAUGUGCCAUGUCCACUGGACUGUAAGCUCAGCGAUUGGUCCCCUUGGUCCCCCUGUAGUACUCCCUGUGGCGGAGGACUGAAGAUCAGGUCCAAGUGGCUCAGAGAGAAAUCUUUCAAUGGAGGCCGACCCUGUCCCAAACUGGACCUAAAAAAUCAGGCUCAGGUGUAUGAGGCGAUUCCAUGUCAAUCUGCCUGCAGGCAGUUUGAGUGGGUGGUAGAGGCCUGGUCAACCUGUACUAUCAACACUGUGACUGAGGCAUCUGCCUGUGGGGAGGGGCUGCAGAGCCGCACAGUCAGGUGUGCGCGGCGCAGCACCAGUGGUCAGGAGACCAAUGAGAGUCUGGAGGUGAGCAGUGAUGGUCAGGUUGUUACUGUAGGUCGGAAUGGUACUGUGGGUCAGGUCAAUAGUCUGGAUGACAGCCUAUGUAACCAGGAGGAUCCAAUGCCUGUCAGAACGCAGACCUGCAUCCUGCCCUGCCCGGGCGACUGUGUGAUGUCACAAUGGGGUUCCUGGAGUUCGUGUCCUCUGUCAUGUGACCCAACUGAGUCAAGAAGAAGGAGAAGACAUGUCUUGCGUCUCCCGUCCCCAGAGGGAACUUGUCCUGAAGACAUCCAGACAGAGGCUUGUGUCCUCAACUCAACGUGUUUCAUCUACCACUACAAUGUCUCAGAUUGGAGCUCAUGCCAGCUGAGCGAGAUGGCUGUGUGUGGUCCAGGAACCAGGUCUCGUCUCCUAGAUUGUGUUCGGAGUGAUGGAAAGGUGGUGGAGCUCAGCGUGUGUGAGCAGUUUGGUCAGGUGAACACAUGGAGGCUGUCAGAAGGCUGUGAUGUGGAGUGUCCAGUCAACUGUGUGCUCUCUGAUUGGUCCACCUGGUCAGAGUGCUCCCACACCUGUGGUCACCAAGGUCAAAUGUUGCGUUCUCGCAGCAUUCUGCAGUCGGCCCACAAGGAGGGACGUCCAUGUCCAUCUCAGCUGCUCCACACUCGGUCCUGUCCCAUUCGACCCUGCUACAGCUGGCUACUGGGAGACUGGUCACUCUGCCACGUCGAGGGAGCAGACUGUGGUGAAGGGGUCCGACAGAGAAACCUGACCUGUAUUGUCCACUGGGGGGACUGGCCCCAACAAGAGUCCUCCUUAACCAGACCACGGCCGUCCUUGGCAGCUAAUCCCACUCAUACCUAUUCAGCCCAACCUUCCUAUUUUCCUGGACCUGUGGAGGACCGGCAUUGUGGAGAUAAGCUGAGGAAGAUGAGUGAGCAGGAGCUGGUGCUGCCAUGUUCAGUACCCUGUCCAGGAGAUUGCCACAUGACAGAGUGGUCGUCAUGGAGCUCCUGUCAGCUGACCUGUCUGGAGAGGCGAAGCUUUGAGACAAUUGGCCGGCAGACACGUUCCAGAGCUGUGGUGGUUCAGGUGCUGGAGAACCAGGAGAACUGCCCUCAGCAGGGGUUUGAGACACGACCCUGUAAAGGCGGGACAUGCCACACUUACGAAUGGAGGACCAGCGGAUGGAAUGGCAAUGAAAGAGUGGUGUGGUGUCAGCGAUCUGACGGAGUCAAUGUUACAGGGGGAUGCUUCCUACAGAAUCGACCUACGACCGUCAGACACUGCCAUCCUCCCUGUUCCAAGCCCUUCUCCCACUGUACCCCAAGUGGUGUGUGUGGGUGUGAAAAAGGCUACAUUGAGGUGAUGACCACACAUGGUUUCCUGGACUACUGCACCAGGACCCCUGGGAUCCACAACAAGAAGGCAGAUGUUAAGACCAACUCUGGCCUCUUGAAACCUGGACCUUCUCAUAUACAAGACUUCUUCAGUGAUUGGAGCCUGCAGCCAAUUGGACCAGAUGGAAGAGUCCAGCUGUGGGCCUAUGGGGUGACUGCGGCUGGAUUCCUUCUCAUAGUGUUCAUCAUUGCAUUAUCAUUCCUGCUCUGCAAAGCUCCGAAACCAACCAGCAGCCCCUGUCCACCUCAGAAACCUCUAACUUUGGCUUAUGACGGAGACAUGGACAUGUAACCUUGAUGACUGGGGAUUUGGACACGUAACCAUGGUGACCGGGGACAUGGACAUGUAACCACCAUGACCCUGGCCAAUGACAGGACAUGGACUUGUAACCAUAGUUACUGGGGGAUAUGGGCAUGUAACUAUGGUGACGGGGGACAAGAGCAUGUAACUUUGUACCUCAACAGUAUCCAACCCUCUUACAUCAACAUGGUCUCUUGGUAUACCUCAACCAGUUAAAGGGUCACUCAGUUAAAGGGUAGGGUUAACAAGAAAAAGGUUUAGGGUCAACCGGUUAAAGGGUCAGCUAGUUAAUGAUUUGGGUCAACCAGUUAAAGGGUUAGGGGAACCAGUUAAAGGGUAGGGUUAACUAGUAAAAGGUUUAGGGUCAACCCGUUAAAGGGUCAGCUAGUUAAUGAUUUGGGUCAACCAGUUAAAGGCUCAAUCAGUCAAAAGGGGUAGGACCUGAAAAUUGAUCUCUGACAUUAUCUUGACAAGAAUUAAUCAAACUUUAGGAGAGUUUCUCUUCUGCAUUAUUUAAGAUUGAGUGUCGCCUUGGUAACGUCCAAAAGUGGAAGUUAGUCCACAGGCUCUCUCUUUCCAUUUCCCCUAAUAACCAGAACUUCUGCUUAUCAGAGUAGCACCACAGUGGUAUACCAGACAGAAGGACACGGUUAGAAUAAACAAGGCAGAGGGACACGGUUAGAAUAAACAAGGCAGAGGGACACAGUUAGAAUAAACAAGGCAGAGGGACACAGUUAGAAUAAACAAGGCAGAGGGACACGGUUAGAAUAAACAAGGCAGAGGGACACGGUUAGAAUAAACAAGGCAGAGGGACACGGUUAGAAUAAACAAGGCAGAGGGACACGGUUAGAAUAAACAAGGCAGAGGGACACGGUUAGAAUAAACAAGGCAGAGGGACACGGUUAGAAAAGCAUGCCGAGGGAUAGGGUUUGUGUAACCCAGUGUUAGGGUUAGGGUAAUCCAGGGUUAGGGUUAGAGUAAACCAGGGUGAGGGUAAACUAGGGUGAGAGUAAACCAGGGUUAGGGUAAACCAGCAUUAGGGUUAGGUUAAACCAGGGUUAGGGUAAACCAGCAUUAGGGUUAGGUUAAACCAGGGUUAGGGUAAACCAGGGUGAGGGUUAGGUUAAACCAGGGUGAGGGUUAGGUUCAACCAGGGUUAGGUUAAACCAGGGUGAGGGUAAACUAGGGUGAGAGUAAACCAGGGUGAGGGUUAAGGUACUCCAGGCAGACUUCAGGUGGGUGUUCCUCAUGGUCAUAUCAGCAUCAGCAUCUGAAAAUGAAACUUGAUAUGCUGUACCUUAAUUCAUAUAGCAGGAAAAUAAUCCUGCAGCCACAGGAAAUGGAAAUUGCUGUGAGUGUUAUAAUUACAUGAUAUUUUCUGUGGGGGUUGAUUAAAAAAGGUUUUAAUUAAAAGAGCAAAGUUUUGAACAAAGUUUUUCAACGUGAAUACUCUGCAAGUCUGCAUUACCUGCUAUGCAGGAAAAUUACUGUACUUCAACAACAGGAUAAUAAAAUUAAGAUACUGCAUCUAUAUGUGAGAACAGACCGGAAUCAUGGCACUCAAAGAGGUGAUGGAAUGUGGACUGAUAAAAUGUGACAUUGUACCUGAAAAGCUUUCAUCAGCCUGUGACAUUCGGAUGAUUUUAGGUUGCUGUGGGGAUGAACGGAACACAGUGAAUUUUUUGAAGCGAGAAACAGAAGCUCUUAUCUAUGCACUAUAUUAGUGCUGAUCCAUAGUUUUUUUUAGUGUUUUCAUUGUACUGCAAGUUUCAGCUGUGAAAUAGUCAUUUAUUUGAAGAUGUAAUAUUUAGGAUGUGUACUUUCUGAUUUGUAAUAGUAAACCAAUUCCACACCGCUAGAGUUCUGUCAUAAUGAAGAAGAGACAGAGCGCUGGUCUAACACCAACACAAUGCUGAAACAGUAGAAAUUCAUAUGAUUACAUAAUUGCAUAGACAGUAUGGUAAUUAUCAUAUCACUUUCAGAAGACAGAGAGAGGUUCAACCUUCUUGAUAGUGCCCAAACUCAUUAAUAAUUGUUUUCCCUUUUCUACUAAAUUGUUUUACUGAGACAUUGUGUGAUAUUUGGAAAGUAAUCGUUUGUGGUAAAGUGUACCCCUACUGUUUGGCGUAUGACAGAACAUGACGAGAAUGGAAUAUGAUGUGAUAAUGUGGAAUAGGUUGUGAGAAUGUGGAAUAUGAUAUGAUAAUGUGGAAUAGGUUGUGAGAAUGUGGAAUAUGAUGUGAGAAUGUGAAAUAUGAUGGGAGAAUGGAAUAUGACGUGAGAAUGUGGAAUAUGACAUGAGAACAUGGAGUAUGAUGUGAGGAUGUGGAAUAUGAGGUGAGAAUGUGUAAUAUGACGUGAGUAUGGAAUAUGACGUGAGAAUGUGGAAUAUGACAUGAGAACAUGGAGUAUGAUGUGAGGAUGUGGAAUAUGAGGUGAGAAUGUGUAAUAUGACGUGAGUAUGGAAUAUGACGUGAGACUGUGGAAAGUGACAUGAGGAUGUGAAAUAUAACGUGAGAAUGUGGAAUAUGAUGUGAGGAUGUGGAAUAUGACAGGAGAAUGUGGAAUAUGACGAGUGAAUGUGGAAUAUGACGUGAAACUAUAUAGUGUGAAGUGAGAAUUUGGAAUGUGAAGUGAGAAUGUGGAAUAUCACUUGAGGAUGUGGAAUAUGUCAUUAGAAUGUGGAAUAUGAUGUGAUAAUGUGGAAUAUGAUGUGAUAAUGUGGAAUAUGACGUGGGAAUGUGGAAAAUUACUUGAGAAUGUGGAAUGUAACGUGAGAAUGUGACAUGAGAAUGUGCAAUAGGACAUGAGAAUGUGGAAUGUGACGUGAGAAUGUGGAACGUGACAUGAGAAUGUGGAAUGUGACGUGAGAAUGUGGAAUAGGACGUGAGAAUGUGGAAUGUAAUGUGAGAAUGUGAAAUGUCACGUGAGAAUGUGAAAUGUGACGUGAGAAUAUGGAAUAGGACGUGAGAAUGUGGAAUGUGACGUGAGAAUGUGGAAUGUGUUGUGAGAAUGCGGAAUAUGAAGAGUACGGAUAACAUUUUUGGCUUUAGUUAAAUAAAAAUUAUAGUAUUUAACGAUUUAAUGAAUGGUUACAUUUGUAAUUUUUUUUAACCAUUCAUUUAAUGUUAUUAAAUUCCUUUAGUAUUUCGUUUAUACAACCCGCCCCAUUUGGGCAGCUGCAAGUAUGACUAAAGCACAAAAUGUGACAAUGCAGAUACUGUUUGUACCAGCUGAGAACCUGUGGUACCACAUAACUGCUGAUAGUUUAGGUACCAGAUUAGAACCUGUGGUACCACAUAACUGCUGAUAGUUUAGGUACCAGAUUAGAACCUGUGGUACCACAUAACUGCUGAUAGUUUAGGUACCAGAUUAGAACCUGUGGUACCAAAUAACUGCUGAUAGUCUAGGUACCAGAUUUGAACCUGUGGUACCACAUAACUGCUGAUAGUUUAGGUACCAGAUUAGAACCUGUGGUACCAGAUAACUACUGAUAGUUUAGGUACCAGAUUUGAACCUGUGGUACCACAUAACUGCUUAUAGUUUAGGUACCAGAUUAGAACCUGUGGUUCCAGAUAACUGGUGAUGUUUUGGUACCAGAUUCGAACCAGUGGUACCAGCUCUCAUCUUGACUAUGACAUUGACCUGUGUGGUUCUAUUUGCCUCUGUUGUCUUGAAUGGAGAAUGAACAUCACAUGCAUUUGUGAACUAUUUUAACUUUGAAUGUCUCUUUCAACAGUUAUAAAUCUAUAAUGGGUGUUGAGACUUUUGUGUUUUUUGCUAACAAGGCAUCCAGCAGUGAGUCUACACAACCUGGAGCACUUAUGCAUGUUUGAUCAGUUUCGA